AUGUCUGAACCAAAAUCGGUCGCUAUCGUGGGCGCUGGCAUUUUCGGCCUCUCUUUAGCCGUUGCUCUGAGCAAACGUGAGUACCGCGUGGCUGUGUUCGACAGAUACCGUUAUGAUGAGACGCACUACGAGCCUGACUUGAAUGGAAAUACUCAGGCUGCCUCGGUAGAUCACAACAAGAUCUUUCGAGCUUCUUACGGGAGUAAGCUUCAUUAUCAGCGUCUCGCGUUCGAAAGCCGUGCUGCAUGGGAGAAGAUCAACGAGAAAAGGCACCAAGAAGGCGAUGAGCUCGAUCAAUCAGAUCUCUUCAGCGGGAGCGGCAUGCUUCGAGUUCAGCCCACCGCCGAACUCGAUCCACUUGAGCGUGAGACACUGAGUAACUUUGAACGAGACGGCCUUAGAGAUACUCAAUUCGUCAAGAGCGACAGGACCGAUCGAGCUCGAGCAGCUGAGCGUGGAUGGGAAGGGAAGCUCCUAGACUUCGAGAUCCCACAAGCCUCACCUGCUCAAACUUAUGAAGCCGUUCUGGACUCAACUGCCGGGUUCACGAAAUGCAGCGAAGCCUGCGCCUAUUUCUACAAGUUGGCCCUCCGACAGGGCGUCGAGUUUCACUUUGGCCCCGAGAAGGGCGCCUUCGACAGCAUUGUUGAAGAAACUGGCUCAUCAUCCCACCUGAAGAAGGCAGUCGGGGUCAGGACCAAAGACGGAAUCACUCACAAGGCGGAUGUCGUGGCCAUUUGCGCUGGAUCUUUCUCGACGCAGCUAUUGCCUGAUUUGUCCUACCAUCUUGAGUCGUCUGCAGGAAGCGUCGUCACCUUCAAGGUGGACAAGAACGACGCGGAAUUGUGGGACAAAUAUUCCCCUGAACGCUUCCCCGUCAUCACUUGGAGGAGUGCACCACGCAACCCGAGCGGCAAAGACACCGGCAGUGUUUACGUCUUUCCUCGGACUGCCGAUGGUCUCAUUAAAAUCGGAUUCCGAGGCAUCAAGUUUACCAACUUCCAACAUGCUCCUUCGGAGGCGGGCUUCACUCAAGAUGGCCAGUGGAGUGUGCCUCUCCCGCCUGCUGACUGCGGCAUAGUUCCGGAUCCUGCAAGGGAGGCCAUUCGAAAGUUCGUCUCCAUCUUUCUUCCGGAGUUCGCCGACAAGGACUUCAAUUCGACUAAGCUAUGCUGGUAUACCGACUCACUGGACAACUCUUUUGUUAUCGACCAUGUGCCUACUUAUUCCGAAGGGUCUGUCUUCGUCGCGACUGGAGGUAGUGGACACGGUGCCAAGUUUCUCCCCGUGCUUGGCGAGCACGCAGCCGACAUUUUGAUACAUGGUGACCAGAGUGAUUCCUUCAUGAGGCAACACUGGCGCUGGAGGGACAACAUUCGCAGGGGCAACGGCCUAGAAGAGGGCCCUGAGGGACCGAGAAACAUUGGUGGAUCAAAGGAGGCUUAG